AUGUGUCAGGGAAAGCCAGACAGCACUAAGUCCAAUUGCAAAUACAUUAUAAUGAACCUUAGGGCUAGGAGUUACUAUUCGGACUCAUUGGCUAUGGUUUGCGUUGAUUUCUAUAUGUCCUAUGAAUUGGUGAAACAAUUCUUAGAAUGCGUUCAAUAUUUACACGAAUCGGUCGAUACAGAUAUUAUUGAUUGGAAACUGAAUCCCAAGAAUAUAUUGAUUGCCGAUAAUGUAAGGAAUGGUAGAGUUGAAAAUCAAAAACUGUUGGGAAUAAACAUCAAUAAUAUUCACGACUUUCUAAAUAGUCUUAAAUAUACUGCGGAUGUGGAGGAAAGGGGUGUCGAGGAUGUGUUGAAUGAAUUCAAAUACAUUUUCACUCAUAAUAUAGAAAUUACAGAUAAUAUGAUUUCCACAUUUCAGACCCAUUUUGCCACAUUAAAUAACCCGGAAUAUAAUUUCUUUGUUGAAAACGCUUUUGUAAAAGCAAUUACAAAACAAUAAUUAAUAUUAUUUCUAAAAAUGUUAAGUACCAUAUAAUUUAUACCUACCAGUGCC